AUGGAUAAUUAUAAUCAACUGUUUUUACAAUUAUUACAACCAUUUAUACGAGUUCAUAUAUCUCAUGAAUUGGCCAACACACCAAUAACCACUACCCUAAUCAAAUAUUUUGAUCAACAGAAUGUCAAUGGUAAAGUUUGGGAUAAUUGUAUUAUUCGUAAUCGAUUAUCAAGUAAUAAAUAUAUAAUAGAUUAUGACAACAACAACAACAACAACAACAACAACAACCAGGAUGACAAUAAUGACUCAAUAUCAAUACCAACAAAGGAAUAUACACCUAAACAACAUUCAAUAUUAUCACCAUUUAAUAAAGAUUCUGAUAUUUUCCCAAAUGGAAUUUUAACUCAUGAAUGGUUUAAUAAAUAUAUCAAGAUAUUCCCAUUUAGUUUGAUAUAUGUAUGUAAAUUAACUGAUCCACUGAUUAAUCAUCAAUUGAUUGCCAAGAUCACUAAAUUAAAACAAGAUUUAUUAGCUGUGGAUUGUAAAUUAACCGUCAUAUUUGUUGCCAACUUUGAAAAUAGUGGAUCAAUUGAUUAUGAUGAACAAUUGAUAAAUUUACGACGAGAAACUGGAUUAUCAAAACUUACUGGACUAUUAUUAUUACUACACAACAACAAUUCUACUAAAUCUAUUGAUAAAGAUUGUGAAAUGAUAGUUAAUUCAAUUUUAAAUACUCAUUUUAAACAAUCAAGUCAUGAAUAUUAUUCUCAAAUUGAAUAUAAAUUAAAACAACGGAAUAAAAAAUAUUAUUCAUUAACUUCUUCUGAUAUUAAUCAUAUUGAUACAUCAAUUGAAUUAACUCCAAAAUUUUUAGAAACAAGAAAUUUAAUUAAACAAGGUAUAAUUCAACAAUUUUUAAAUCCUCAUAAUUUAGAACAAAGUAAUAAAUUAUUAGAAAUUGCUUAUCAAAGUUUAAUCACAAUUUUAAAUUCAAUAUAUGUCGGCAAUGAUAACAACAACAACAACAAUAACAACAACAACAAUAACCGUUUUCUGUCAUCUCAUGAUAAAAAGAUUAUUAAACAAUUUCGAAAUUUAUUGGAUAUAAUGGCAUUUCAUAUAGUUCGAGGUUAUUUAUCAAUCGAAGAACCUUUAAAAGCUUUAAAAAAACAUCAAACACAUAUUUUGAAUGUAAAAUCUGUCAUAAAUGAAGAUAGUACUCAUAGUUCCAAUUGGGAAUCAAUCCAAUAUGAAUGGUUAGCCCAAUUAAUGAGUCUUGUUCCUUAUUCAUUAAUCACAUCAUUAAAUAGUACCAGUUUAAUUAACCAGAAAAAACUGCUGCUGUUGCUGGUACUGCUGCCGCUGCUGCGGUUGUCGCUGUCGCUGUCACUGUCUUUGGUUAGUUAUUUUGGUGGGUUACGAUUACCAGAAUUUGAUGUCAUUACUAAUCCUGGAUUAAUAUAUCUUAAAGCAUAUGAACUCAAUCAAAUUAAAGACAAAAGAAUCCAACUUUUAAUUGAGGCUAUAAGUGAAUUAGAAAUGAAUCAAAAUAAUGCCAUGAAUAAAUAUCUGAUUUCAGGUACUAAUAGUUUAAAUUCAAUUAUUCUGUAUAUUAAUUGGUUAUUAGCAGAAGAAUUUUACAGUGAUAAUAAAUUAUCAAAAGCUAUUGAUUAUUAUGAAAUGGCAUAUAGUAGUAGUUCUUACAAUACUACUUCCCCUUCUUCCCCUUCUUCUCAACAUGGGUGGAAUAAUAUAUCUUAUUUGAUUUUAGAAAAAUUAUUAAAUUGUUAUUGUUUGGUGGGUAAUAAAAAAUUACAAUUAACUACCAUUUUGAAAUUAUCAACCAUACCAAUGAUACCACAAACAUAUCAGACACAUUUAACCUUAUCAUACCCUACUGAUGAUGAUAUUUUCAAUUAUGAAGAUUCAUUGUUGGACAAUAUUGAUAUAAUUGAUGGUGAUUCAUAUGAAUUAUUUAAAGUUGAUACAUUAAUAGUCAAUAAUGAUUUAACUAAACGUGAAACUAAUGUUCAUGAUGAUAUAACAGUACAAAUUGGAUUAAAAUCAAAUUUAAAUCACCAAAAAAUGUAUCAAUAUUUUCUGAAAGAUACAACAACAACAACAACAAAAAUUGUGAUAAAUAUUAAUCAAAUUGAUAUUCAUUUUAGUAGAAUUGAUGAGAAAAAGAAAUCAAAGGAAAAUUCUCAUCCUGGUAUUAAAAAUAUAUCUAUAACUAAUGAUACCAAUAAAGACCCCAAUACUAGUAAUGGUUUAAUAAAAUUAGCAGGACAAGAAUUAGAUUUAACAUUUGUUGAUUCUGCUAAUUUGAGUUUCCCAAGAGAAGACAAAGAUAGAUCUCAUAUAUUACUUCAACAUGUUCAAUCAGUUACAAAUUCCGGUCAUUUUCAAAUAGAUCUGAUUAAACUUCAAAUAACUAUUCAAUUACAACGUAAAGAAAAAUGUAUCAAUUUGAAUAAAAUUGAACUUCAUCAAGAUUUUUCAAACAUUACCAAUAUUGGAUGUUAUCAAAUAUCAUCAACUAAACAAUGUAAAAUUCGUUUAGAUUAUCCAAAUAAUGAAAUCAAAAUAUAUCCUGUGAAACCAGAUAUUAAUAUUAAACCAAAAUUACCAAUCCAUUGUUUUAUACCUGGUGAAAAAUUAUCUAUCCCAUUGGAAAUUAAUUAUAAAAAUCCUCAUCAUCAUGUAAAUAAACAAAUUUAUCUCAUGGCAAAAAUAAAAUCCCCAAGUACUGCUACUACUGCUACUAAUGAUGUGGUUGCUAUUAAUUGGGAUGGAUUUAAAGAUGAUGAACCAUUAAAUUUAAUCAAUUUACAAGAAAAUGAUAAUAUUCAUACAUUAUAUAUUUUCACCAGGAAUUGGAAUCAAGAAUAUUUAAAUAUUGAAUUACAAACUUAUACUGAAAAUGAAAAUGAAAAUGGAAAUGAAAAUGAAGAAGAAAAUGACAAGGACGAGGAUGAGGAUGAGGAUGAGGACGAGGUUGUGGUUUAUGAUAUUGCAACUUUUACUAUACCAGUAUUAUCAAAGCCAUUUUCUUGUCAAUAUGUUAUAACUCCAGAUUUCCGUGAUAAAGCCACUGAUAUGCCAUCACCAUUUAUAUUACCUAAUAAAACUGAUCAUAAUAUGCCUAUUGCCGUUAGAUUAUGGGAAGGUAAAUUAAAAAUCAUUGAUGAAUAUAAAGAAUUUAUGGAAGAAAGUUUAAGAAAUAAAGAACAACAACAACAACAACAACAACAACAACAACAACUUGAAAUUGUUGAUAUUGAAUUUAAUAUUGUUUCUAAAAAUCCUGAAUUAAUCAUUGAUUUAAUAAAUAAUGAUACCAAUAAUACUAUUGAAAAUCAACAAUUUAUAACAAGAAGUAAAAGUGGAUUUAGUCAUAGAAAUGUCACUGUUGUUAGUUCAGCUAUUAUUAAAUGGAAACGUAGGAAUCAUAAUGAUAAUGAUAAUGAUGAUGAUGAAAUAAUUAAUGAAUUUGAAACUCCAGAAUGGGAAAUCACUUUACCAUUAUCUGAACCAAGAGUUUUAUUUCGUAUUAUUGAACAAGAACAAGAACAAGAGCAAGAUGCUAAACACAAUAAUGGUUAUAAAUUACAAUAUAUUUUAGAAAAUCCAACUCCGAGAGUAUUUACAUUUACUACUCAAUUGACUGAUUAUGAAGAUCAAUGGAUAUUCAAUAAUUCAAAAAAUAUUGUUCCCUUGAUUCAACCUCCAUUCCCCGUAUUACCAUUUAGUCGACAUUAUAUGGAUUUCAUAGGUGAAUAUUUACCAGCACUGGAAGGUAUGAGUGAUUCUAAUUCCAAUUUAGGGUGUGGGUCUGAGUCUGGGUGUGGGUCUAGGUCUAGGUGUGGGUUGGGAUUGAAAUUACCUAAAUUUAAAGUAUUUGAUGUUCAAUAUAAAGUGACACUUCCAAUUGUAUCAGUUCUGAAAGAUAUCACCAGCAUACCUAAGAAUACUGGGAAUUUAUAUUACAAACCAAAAUAA